UGCCCGACUCCUCCACAUUCUUCUCCGAUUGGAUGUUCGGCUGAGGCUUGGAGGGAUUGCAGGACAGAGAUCUUUUUGCUUUUAGUUAGUUUUAGCUAGCUAGGGCAGAGAAGUUCCCUGGACUGUUUUUUGUUGGGUUUUUUUCCCUUUUUCUUGGAACUGUUUAAACCUGCUCUGGACUGAAAACCCAGGGGAGCACUGGGGGCUGCACCUGCGGCCCACCGGGGCCUGGACCUCGGCAUUUUCCAGCAGCGCCGGAGAGACUGGGACUGAGGAGAGACUGAGAGAGAGCCCAGCUACACCCACGGCAAGAGCUUUCUCAAUUUGCCAUCUCACUCCAGAACGAGAGUUGGACUGCUCAAGCGUAUUAGAGGGAUAUCUGUGCUUGGAUUCAAAUAUUUUACUUUCCUGUGUGGAUUAGUGGUCCAGUCUGAUGAAGUGUCUCAGCUGUCUCAUUAUCUGGUGUCUCAGCUCUAGUGACAAGACUCUUGACCUGCUGUGUCAGCUCCUUCCAGAUGCCCUUUGGUACAUGAGUACAUCAUUCCUCACAGAAAACAAAAAUUCCAAGUUAGUGCUCUUGCAUUCAUUAACUUUCCGCUCUGCCCAGAUUUUAUUUUCUGGAUGUUUACUUGUUUCAGUAGACAUUACACUGUAUACCGUACUGGCUUUGCUAAAGGACGUCAUAGGACAACGUAUUAUUUCAGAUGACUAAGUGAAUACACCGGGUAAUGUGAUUUGAAGAUGCCAACCCCUUGGCAAAUAUGCUGCAAUAAAAAGUCCAGAACUAAGAAUGCAAAAACUGAAAUGGACAAUAUGGCAGAGACGAGUGAAAAAAUGCAGAUGAAAAAAGAAAUCACCUUACUAAAUGGAGUUUCUUUAAUUGUAGGGAACAUGAUUGGCUCUGGCAUAUUUGUAUCACCCAGAGGUGUUUUAAUGUACAGUGCUUCCUAUGGACUCUCUCUGGUCAUCUGGGCGCUUGGUGGGAUUUUUUCCCUGUUUGGAGCUUUGUGUUACGUUGAACUGGGAACAUCCAUCAUGAAAUCUGGAGGCAGUUAUGCCUAUAUCCUGGAGGCAUUUGGGGCAUUUGUGGCCUUCAUCAGACUCUGGUCUUCCUUGCUAAUUAUUGAACCAACAACUCAGGCAGUGAUAGCAAUCACCUUUGCUAACUAUAUUAUUCAGCCAAUUUUUCCCCAUUGUGAACCACCUUAUGAUGCAGUCAGGUUGAUUGCAGCUGCUUGUAUAUGUUCCUUAACAUUUAUUAAUUGUGUUAAUGUAAAGUGGGGUACCCGUGUUCAAGAUGUUUUCACAUAUGCAAAAGUUAUGGCUCUUAUCUUGGUGAUAUCUGUUGGUCUUUACAAAAUUGGUAAAGGGGAAACUGAAAACCUGAGAGCUCCCUUCGAGGGCUCAGCAACAAACCCAGGAAUGAUUGCCCUGGCUCUCUACUCUGCUCUCUUCUCCUACUCUGGAUGGGACACGCUCAACUAUGUCACUGAGGAAAUGCAGAAACCUGAGAGGAACCUACCUCUUUCUAUUGCAAUUUCAAUGCCUAUUGUAGCUAUUAUUUACUUAUUGACUAAUAUAGCAUACUAUGUAGUGUUGGACAUGUCAGCUCUCCUCACAAGUGAUGCGGUGGCUGUGACAUUUGCAGGUGAAACCCUUAGUCACGCCAAGUGGAUAAUUCCUAUAGCAGUGGCCAUGUCUUGCUAUAGUGGCUUAAACUCCUCAAUUAUUGCAGCAUCUCGGCUUUUCUAUGUUGGAGCCAGGGAAGGACACCUCCCUGUCAGUCUGAGCUUGAUUCACGUAAAGUGCUUCACACCAGUCCCUGCUCUCCUGUUCAACGGCUUAAUGACUUUGCUUUAUCUCCUUGUGGAAGAUGUUUUCCUCCUUAUUAAUUACUACUGCUUCAACUACUGGCUCUUCGUGGGUCUAUCUAUUGCAGGACUAAUAUAUUUGAGAUAUACUCAGCCACAUAGACCACGGCCUGUUAAACUUAGCCUCUUCUUCCCUAUAGUAUAUUGUUUGUGUUCCCUAUUCCUGGUUAUAGUGCCUCUCUACAGUGAUACAAUCAAUUCCCUUAUUGGUGUUGGUAUUGCCCUCUCAGGCAUUCCUGCUUAUUAUUUGGGAGUCUAUCUGCCAGUUGAAAAACGACCCAAAUGUCUACUUUGGCUCUCUGCUACAUCAACAAAGUAUGUUCAGAUGCUCUUCUACUGUGCUCUGUCAGACCUGGACAUAGACGUGGAACCCACAGCAGCUAAGAGUAAAUAGAGUUGCCUCAACAUUGAGAGUUGUGCCUUGACAUCUCCCAUCUGGAAGAUUUUUUUAUCAUAUGAAGUUCUCCCCACAUGUUCUAUCAUACUAGAGCACUAACCACAGUACUGUGUAUCAGUUUGAUGACAGUUAAUUUGUGAUGGUUUUAUAAAACACUCUGUUUUCUAGGAUUUCUUUUUAAAAUUCUGUUAAUAGUCAGCUAUCAUGACAUUUUGAAACUAUGACGUGCUUAAUGAAUGAACAUUUAUUAGUAGAUAAGUGCUAAAUGUCAAAGGCAAAAGAAAAGUAAAAAAUAUUAGAUCAGAUCUUUGCAAGGUUCAAAGUCUGAGUUUGAAAGUAGGAACAACAGUAGUUUCCUAAAAAUGUAAUUAAAUUCUUAGCCAAAGUGAAAAAAAUAUAUAAUUCUUGCUGGUACAUAUGUUUUGACUCUUAAUAUUAGUGUUAAAUUAUUCUAAUGCAUAAUUCCUGGCAUACAUAAUUUACCAAAAGCAAAAAACCAAAGCGUUUGGUCGUUUAAGUUCUGUGAGAAAUUCCCAUUUGAUGAUAGUCCACAUAACAUUACUCAUUUUUUAGAAAAUAUAUUUCCAACAAACGAUACCAUUGUUCAGAAGCAGUUUUCCUUUCCAGAAGAACAGUCUGCCGUGGAGAACUUCGAGACGCUGAGUCUCAUUCCAGCUAGUGUAUAUUCCAGGAAAACACAUCACCUUCUCAGACUGUCCUUUGCUUGCCUAGAAGUAUCAAAAGUGUGAUCACAUGAAUCAUACUGAUUUUUUCCACAGUGGAACUUAUGGAGAAACUCAGAAAGACAAAUUAAAAAUUGACAUUUUUCAAAAUUUCUUGAGCCCCUGCCUAACCCCUGAAACCUCACCAGUUUCUGCUGGCAAGGUAACCUGCAGGUCUCCUACUGAGCACACAGAGAGCCUCCAGAUAGGUCCUCACACCACAUAGGUGCCUGUUGCACAAUACCCAGUGCAGGCACAUGCACUGGACAAGUGCACCCACUUGGGUGCCUUGAAAGAAAAGGGCAGUUGAGAGCUAGGGAUGUUCUCUUGAACAUUGAUUCUUUCAGUGUGGCACACAGGAAUGUUCAACUAGUCCUAACUCUUAGUCUUUUGAAAUGACUAAGAAUUUAGGGAAAGACCAUAACCGUUAGGAAAAACAGCAACCUAGAUCUUAAAAUGCUUCAGUUAUCAUAGUGUGUUGAUAUGCAGGACCAUUUAUAAUCCUUGUUGGCAAGUCAUAUUUCCUUUCUGUUUUUAUACUUAAAUGUAACAUGCAUUGUUUCAAAUUUGAAUUUCACCGUUCCUCUUCAAUUAACUUUGACUAAGGUAAUUUAAUUUUACACAAGUCCUUUUAGCUUCCAGAAUUUUUGUGUGUUAUUGAUGUCUGCUCAGAGAAAGAGCAAUGGAACAGGCAAUUCUUACUAUUUAAGCCUCUCUUCACUCCCUCCCCACACCGCAAAGUCAUUUGGAGGAUUGUAAUUUUAUGCAUCUAGGCCAUAGUUUAGUUUGCCCAGCUCAGAACAUCCCCACGUACUCAACACAUCUCUGUUACAGUACAGCACCACUGUGAUCCUGCCCUAUGAUUGUACAGAAAUUCUGCAUUUUCACCUCAUCAAAGCACUGGUUAGGGACAGAGCUGUGGUCCCAGACUGUAUCAGGGCACAGAGGGAGUACAAACCCUCCAAGCUGGCACCAAACUAAACAGCACCAAAGCUGGCCGUCUUUGCCUCCACAGAGUUCAAAGUCAUGCUCAGUACUGAGCCACAUGUCACACCAAGACAACACUGUACCAUCCUCUGAAGUUUUUCAAUGCAGGACCAAAGCUUCUAAAUUAUUUGGGACACCUGAGGUGACAUCUCAGGUGGUAACAACUGGCAUUACAGGGAGUGUAAUAAGAGCUACGAAAUAAGAACUUUUCCAAACAAAAUUCUGAGCUGAGAAACUUCUUUUGUUGUCUAAUUCUUUGCCAAUUUUUUUGUUGUUGUUGUUUGUUUGGGUUGGGUUGGGUUUUUUUGUCAUAAAUUUGUGUAUUUGAUCUGGCUGGGAUGGAGUUAAUUUUCCCCACAGCAGCCCUCACAGUGCUGUGCUAUGCCUUGGUAUCUGGAAAGGUGUUGAUAGCACACCAGUGUUUUGGCUAUUGCUGAGCAGUGCUGGUACAGCUUCAGCGCUGUCUCCCCAACAUUCCACUCCCAAGCAGAUUGCUGGGAAGAGCCUGGGAGGGGACACAACUGGGAUAGCUGACCCAAAUUAACCAAAGGGAUUUUCCAUACCAUAUGACAUCAGCUUAGCUAAAAAAGUUAAGGAAAGUAGGAGGAAGGUAGGGCAUUUGUUAGUUUCAAAGUUUGCCUUCUGGAGAAAUCACUACCUGUGCUGAAACCCCCACUUCCCAGGAUGUGGUUGGACAUUGCUCACUGAUGGAAAGUAGAGAAUUUUUUUUUUUUCCCUCUUUGUUCGGUGACACACAAAGUUUUGGUUUUUUGCUGCAGUAAACUGCUUUAUCUCAACCUACAAGUUGUUUUCCAUCUUAUUUUCUCUUCCUUGUCCCACCGAGAAGAGGGAGUGAUGGAGCAGCUUCAUGGGCACCGGGCAUCCAACAAAGGUCAACUCAGCACAGCUGUUUGACUUUUCUGGGCAUGAUGCACAAGCCUUCAUUUUCUUUCUGGACAGAAGGAAAGUAAUUGUCAGAUACAAGGUUAUAAAUGUAAAUAAAACCACUAAAAAUCUCUGGACAUUGGAAUAUCAAAAAUGUUAAUGUGAUUGUUGAUUUUUGACUCCUUACAAAUGUAAGUUAUUGUCAAAUAUCUAAAACAAAUCAUAGAUGCUGAAAGUGUCUAAACAAAUAAACAUUUGAUUAUUUGCAAAUGCUAUAGUUAUUUGGCUUUAAAGUGUAAAAAUAGUACUGUGAGAUAAAUUUACCCUGCUGUACAAUUCACCGGUUGAGUUACCAGGAGAGAAGUUAGACUAACUCUUCUUCGUGGUCUCUAUAAAUCAGAUUAAAAAGCAUUUAUGGAGGGAAAAAAUUCUAGUUGUGCUCAGAUGGGACAGAUAAGA